AUGUGCGAAAGCAGCAUUCGCGACCGGGCCCAAGCCGAGUCCAUCAUGGUGGGCGCCGACGACUUCGAUGAGCACGACGGCACGCCACCUGCCGCGGACCACGACGCUCUCCAAGAAGGCAUGCUCCCCCGAGACGUGCCUCAGCGCACCACCUUCUACGAUCCGGUCGCCGAGCGCCACAUGACCCAGACCGACGCCAAGCUUUUCUAUCAGCGCAGCAAGAUAGACGGCCGCGGCGCUCCUGGUGCCGCCUGGGCGACGUCCCCCCCGCAGAGCAGCCCCAUCAUGCCACCCGGGUCGCGGUCGGCCACAGAGUACGGCGCCGACUCUCUGAUCCUGGACAACGAGGCGGACAGGCCAGACGACGGAGCUGCGGCGACGACGGCUGGCUCCCAGUUCAGCCACCCCGCUACUCCCAACGCGCGAGCUGCUCAAGCUGCGUAUGAAGCUAGCCCAGCCAUUGGUGUCGCCAACAAUACUGCCCUUUUCGAUACCGAGCUACACAUUACCGCUGAGCUGAGCGCCAUCUCCAAAAGCAUUCAAGACAUUCUUGACGUGAGGCGCAAAUACAUGGCCCUCUCAUCCCAGGGUCCGGACGACAAUCCCAGGGAUAGCCCCGAGUGGGACAUUUAUCCACCCCCUCCGGAGCCUGCCUGGAGUCAGAACCGCGCAGGCCGCGGGCAUGGCCUGGCCGGCUCUCACAACGCUUCUCCCGCCAAUGGCAACGCCAAGAGGCCUCUGCGCAAGCGCAAACAAGGCGAGGACGUUGGGGAAGAUUUUGACAUGGCGGACCUCAUGCCACUACCCGGUAAUGAUGGCAUGACGUUCAAGCUCGACGAGAGCGGUGUGUAUCAGGUAUUCUCGGAUGCUGUGACGCAGACGCCGGCCAUUGAGGUGCCCACCAUCCGCGAGUUCUACAUGGCCCUCGACAACAUCCUCAAUGUUUCCUCGGACGGGCCGAGCAAGAGCUUUGCUUUCCGCCGCCUCCAAUACCUCGAGGCCAAGUUCAAUCUCUACGCCCUCCUCAAUGAGUACCAGGAAACGGCCGACAGCAAGAAAGUACCACACAGGGACUUCUACAACGUCCGAAAGGUGGACACUCACGUCCACCACUCGGCGUGCAUGAACCAGAAGCACUUGCUGCGAUUCAUCAAGAGCAAGAUGAAGAAGCACCCAAACGAAGUUGUUCUUUUCCGUGACGGCAAACACCUGACUUUGGCCGAAGUCUUUGCCAGUAUCAACCUCACAGCCUACGACCUGAGCAUUGAUACGCUAGACAUGCACGCACACACAGACUCGUUCCAUCGUUUCGACAAGUUCAAUCUCAAGUACAAUCCAAUCGGCGAGUCUCGCCUGAGAACCAUCUUCCUCAAGACGGACAACUUCAUCCACGGGCGGUACCUGGCUGAGAUUACCAAAGAAGUCAUUUCGGAUCUCGAAUCGAGCAAGUAUCAGAUGGUCGAAUGGCGCAUUUCCAUCUACGGAAAAUCCAUAGACGAGUGGGACAAGCUCGCGGCCUGGGUCGUUGACAACAAGCUGUUUUCGCACAACGUUCGCUGGCUUAUCCAGAUUCCUCGCCUGUACGAUGUUUACAAGGCGAGCGGUCUGAUGGAAACCUUUGAGCAGAUCGUCCGAAAUGUCUUCCAGCCCCUCUUCGAGGUGACACAGGAUCCCUCGAGCCACCCGAAGCUACACGUCUUCCUGCAGCGUGUCAUCGGAUUCGACAGUGUCGACGACGAAAGCAAGGUCGAGCGGCGGCUUUUCAAGAAGUUCCCAGUCCCCAAGGUGUGGGACACCAAGCAAAACCCUCCGUAUAGCUACUGGAUCUACUACCUCUUCGCCAACAUGGCCUCGCUCAACUACUGGCGCAAAAAGCGUGGGUUCAACACCCUGGUACUGCGGCCGCACUGCGGCGAGGCGGGCGACAGCGAACAUCUCGCAGUCUCCGUACUCAGCUGUCACAGCAUUAGCCAUGGGCUUUUGCUCCGCAAGGUGCCGCUCUUGCAGUACGUGUUUUACUUGGAGCAGAUCGGCAUCGCCAUGUCCCCAUUGAGCAACAACGCAUUGUUCUUGGCCUAUGAGCGAAACCCUUUCCAUCAAUACUUCCGAAGAGGCCUGAAUGUGUCCCUUUCGACCGACGACCCCUUGCAAUUCGCGUUCACAAAAGAGCCGCUCAUUGAGGAAUAUGCUGUAGCUGCGCAGAUCUACAAGCUCAGCCCCGUCGACAUGUGCGAACUCGCCAAAAAUUCGGUCAAGCAGAGCGGCUACGAAGCGUCCAUCAAGCGCCAGUGGCUAGGCCCCAACUUUGAGAAACCCGGCAAGGAGGGAAACACCAUGGUCAAGACCAACGUCCCGGAUAGGCGAGAGGAAUUUCGGUACCACACGCUGCUUCAGGAGAGAGAUGUGCGCUACGUGACCUUCGACUCGGGCAAUGAGCAAAACGGCUCCGGUCCUGUGGCCGGAAAGGCCCAGGAGUCUAGUGCAGCACAGUGGCCCAACUCGACCUCGGCGACUCCCGGGUACGCUGAGGCAUCAGCGGCGGCAUCCCCCAAAUCGAAUCGAGACGCCAGUCGAGUAUCUGAUGCCAUGGCUGACCUGCACCUGUCGGGUAGCGAUCCGCGAAUGUUCCCUGGCAUUCUGACGCGUGAUCAGCGCAGCGGGAGCCUGAGGAACUUGGCGCAGGCCGAAGGUUGGCCAGUCGAUUCCAACGAAGAGCCCGGGGAUGAGGAUGACGAGUAG